GUUGAAUGAUGCAGUAAAAAUCCUCACCAUUCAGACACAUACUGUAUUGCAGGGAAUUGUCAACACUGAUCAGUUUCAUGUAGAAACUCAAGCCUUCAAAAAUUGUUCAGAAAAGGUGAGUGAGUGCGUCAUUAAGAGAUGACGUCACAAGGCACCUGGAUGGUUGGGGACCUUUAUGACGUAAGCUGUAGAGCGUUUGGACUCAUUUGUGUUACAGAAUCAGACGCUGAAGAUACUGAACAUGAGCACAGGUAAGAUUUAUGCUUAUUUAUUCAAUUUAUUACAGUUUCUCUUGCUGAGAUUAUUACUAAUUACUUGAAUUAAUUAAUGAACAUUUAUAAACCUUCAUUUUGAGAUGUUCGUGUCCAGGCUAUUCCGGGUUUUUAACCAUGUUUACAGACUUGAGCCAAAACAGAGAAAAAACUUUAUCAAUCAGAACUCUUUUACAGUUUUUAAUGAAAAAUAUUCAGUCUGUAAAUACGAUUUAAUAUGAUUUAAUAUGAUUUGUGCCGCCCUACGUGCCCACGCGCGCAUUUGUGGGCGUUUACGUGAGGUUUACAUGGAUUAGAUUAUUAGCGAAUUAAAACGCUUCCCUCCAUGAAGCAGUCUCCUGAUUGGCUGAUGUUGGCGCUUAUUUGCAUAAAGUUGAGCCUCGCUAAACUCCGAGCGCUCAGGAGUGACAUUGCGCAUGCGCUGUCCGGGAAGUUUCGCUCUGAGUAAUGUAAAGUCAUUUCUAAGACAGACGGAUCAGCUAUUCUCACUCUUCCUUCCUAAAAACAGAUUGUAAGCAGCUGAAAACUACUUUGUACACUUGAAGCAUUCAUAAUACAGAAGUUCUACAUGUUUUACAACUGGACAGAUGUGAAGCUGUGCACAUAAUACAAAGAGCUAAACACAGUUACAUGACCUGAGCACAGCAGCCUUUUGUAUGAUAAAUAAUGCAUUUCAAUUAUAAUUGACUCAGAUAGAAGAUUAGACUGAUCAGUUAUUCUCAGAGAGUUUGAACAUCCAGAGCGAUGAAUUUAGUAGCACAAUAUACACUGCUGUUUUUUGAUGUGAUAAUGAUGAGGGUCUUAACAUUCAACUAACAUCAGUCAAUUUGAUUAAAAUCCAGAAGUAAAGAAAGGAAGCAGCAAAAUGACAUCCUCAAGCAGCAACCCCUUUAGGAUGCCCAGGAAGCUUACAGAGCUUGGGAUCCAGGAAGAAGAAGAGAAGAGACAGGAGCGGAGAAGACAGCGCACUCUGAAAGUGCAUGAGAAGGGGCUUAAACCCAGAGAGAGCAGGCGUGCGAUUGUGUCACGCUAUUUACAGGAGAUCGAGGAGGAUGAGCAGAAGGAAGAGGAGGAGAGAAUAUGGGGUGGUGAAGCCUACAUCGCUCCCCCAAAGACACACAAACCACUCGAAUGGGACUAUUACCACAUGGGGACUGUCAGAGACUUCGUCGAGACGGAGCAUGAGAUUUCUCGACUGAAGUACUCUAUUGCAGUGGGGCGAGAGACAAUUCAGGGUCUGAAAGGGCAUGUGCCCUUUGAUGAAGAAGACAUGGCAAAGGCAGAGCAUCGCUUUAGUGACGAAGCGUUUGCGAAGUAUGUCGAGGAGGAAGAGAAGAAGACGAUGCUGGCUUUAAAAAUGGCUGAAGAAGAGAGCAAAGCCAUACUGGAGACAAGGGAAAAGAUCCAGAGGACCAAUAAUGAAAUUGUAAAAGUUAAAAAGGAAAUCGUCAGGUACCAGGAAAUGCUGAAUUACGAUCAAAAGUGUCGGGAGUUUCUCUGGAAGCUCUCACCCCCUCAGUGGCAGAAGCAGCAGGAAGCCAGGAAGCAGAUAGCUGAGAAAAUCAAGGCUGCUGCAGAAGAGAAGGAACCAGCUACACAAGCGAACCUGCGUAUGUCCACACACCUGACCUCAUCACCCCGACAGUACCGAGAGUGCCACAUUCUAGACUUAAACUACAUAAACACUACAAUUUACGGGUGCUUUCACACUAUGCAUUUUUUUCUCGACUGCCAGCACACAAUUUACAUCAGUGAGAAGAUGCCGCAUGAGGACGAGGGGAUUGUGGGAAACCUGGAGGUCUAUGAGAAACCUCAGAUCUAUUUCACACACCCUAAGCAGCUGCUGAACAUCAUGGCAGAGAUGGAGGAAGAGACCAAUAAUCUGUUUCAGGACCUAGAUUUCAUUGAGCAGUCUCUGGAAUUGUACAAAGAAAGCGAGGGCAAACAGCACAUGUACAUGGAGAAGGAGGCUGCUCGGGUUUCUAAGGAGAUUGACUACCUCACUAACUGCAUUAACGCAAACAAAGCGAAAGCAGCAGAAAUACAGGAAAAAGUCAAACUUUUCAACAUGAGCGAAGACAGUGUUGAAAGAAAGAAUGCAGUCCUGAAGCAGUUGCACCAGAAGAUAAAAGAGGUGUACAGUGUCUGCAUGGGAUGUUCACAGGACACUGCGACCUCAUGUCAGCUACUCGGAACCAUCGAGAUGUACUUGUAUGACCUGCUGGAAAAGUUCGACAGACUUCCGGAGGAGGAGUUAAAAACCAUAAUGAAGGAGUACCGCAGAGAGAAGUUAGCCAGGGCUAAAAAAGAGGAAGAACUGCUGAAGGAGUUGGCUCAGCAGGAAAGGUGGAGACAGCGCGCUGAAGUGAUGCGACAGCGGGCUCUGGCAGAAGUUAAGAAACCUAUGGUAAAGAAAGUAAUGUGGCGGUCAUGGCUAGAGAAGAAAGUCCCCAGAGAACAGGAGAAAGCCGACCUCGCCAAGAAGGAGAAAGACCUUGAAAGCUACUUUUUCGAAGAGUAACACUGUACUAUAAGGUCCAGAAAUAAGCAUUUAAUAGUUUCUUGUUUUAUUAAUGCCAUCAUCCUUAGCAAAUCAGGAAAUAAUGAAGCGCCCCAAUUCUAAACCAAACCCAGGACAGGAUAUGUGUGUGGCGGCCUGUAAAAACCUGCCGGAAGUCACUAAGGCUGAAUUCUAGCUCUCGGUUCUUGCUGGUGAGUGUUGUGAGGUCACCUUCAGUUCUUUCAGAGCUAGAAUAGGAUGGAGGUCAGCAUCCUUUUUCUGAACAAGAAAAAUCAUUUAGUAGAACACCUUUCUACCUUUCGUUCUACUCUCCUGAUCGCACCUCUGUCCAAGGAGGACCAAACACCUUGUGCCAGAGCAGCAACUUUUUCAGUUUCUGAAGUUUAGUGGUCGAUGGUGGACCUGGAGUUCACAGGUACCCUUGUGAUAUAGUCAUCAGGAUGAAAUAAUCUGAUGUAGUUGCUGCCCAGUCAGCUAUGGUUUCAUCCUGUCUUUCAUUAAUGGGCUCCCUUGGGAUUCUUUCAAGGUGGGAGUGAGCUGACAGAGGCUGUUCCAGGCCACUUUCUGGACUCUAUCGAGUGGAGCAGUACGGCUCAGCUGCUGGUUCGUCCUCAGACGCAGCCACAGUCAUACCGUCUUUGUGCUCCUCGGUCAAGCACCAAGAGGGGGGCUAGGGCCCUGAGUUGACAGGAGGGUUCUGCUUAAGGGUCUGAGCUAAGGGUGUCACCUGGAGGUCGGCCUGAGCUUUUGCGGCUAAGAGUCUGAUUAGCUUGGGUCAGGGCGGACUCAGAACUCUAAGUCUGCCAGUUAGGCUCAUCAAUGGCAUGGCUUCACAUUGGGCAAACCUACAUUAUGAAAAAACAGCCCUGUAAAUAAUCUUUAAUAAUAGUGAGAGCCUUUGGUUCUAAGAAGUGUUGUGGCAGACAGUGGAAGAAGAGUUUGUACCCUUGUGUCAUGGUCAACAGAAUCCACUGAUGUGAUGAAGUUGCUUGAGAAUCACUUGAAAUUCACUCGCCGCUUCUGAAGAUGGCUCCACAUGCAUAGCCUGAUGACUUAAUAUAUUGACUUAUAAUCCCACUAUCCAGUAUCACCCAGAAGAGGAUGGAUUCCCUUUUGAAUCUGGUUCCUCUCAAGCUUCCUUCCUCACAUCCUCUCAAGGAGUUUUGCUCCUUAGGGAUCAACUGCGUGACAGUGUCCAUUGUAAGAGGCAUUUGAAGGAUUUUAAGCUAUAUUCUCCAUUAUUUCCUGAUUAUUUCUUUUUGGCUUUAUAAUAAAGUAUUAAAUAUUAUUU